AUGGCGCCUCUCGUACUCCCAUUUAUUCUAACCUUGGUAUCAUUCCCCGUGGCUAGGAUGAUGAUUAGAGCAAAUGAGGUCAGUACCCAGGACAGUAACGAGGCCAGCAACGGGGCCAGCAACGAGACUGGCAACGAGGCCACUAUUGAGGGAAGAAACGAGGUUCAUGUUGGGGCUGGCAAUCAGGCCACCAACCAGGUCAGCAAUAGCUGUGGAAAAGGAGACGGGGACCAGGGCGGACAGCCAACACCGUACCAGCUCGCCCUCAUGCUUCGGAUACUGAGCAAUGCUUCGCUGAGCUCUGUGUGGCGCUGCAUUACCUAUGUUUUUAGUCGGCCCAAAAAAAGGGUGCCGUUCACACCACCUCUCACGGUUAUGAUGUGGAUGUUAAUUAUUGGGUCGGUGCUCAGUACACUGGUGUUUGCUACAGACACAUGGUUUCAUUUAACGAUGAAGACCGUAUCUCUCACCCAGCUCGAACCAACUAUCUUCAACAAUGCCAGCUUCGGAUUGUCUACAAACUGCACAAAUGUGGCUCACAGCUUUGAUGGGGGGUGUACUUUAAACCCAGCCGCAACAGCAACCUUCGUAAUGGACGGCGAAACAUCGUUAAGCCUUCUUGCUAAUAUCUCCAGCGCGGGUAUCGUGCAGCAGAUAGUUGAUGGCAUUGGCAGCAAAACUACCUAUCUUGGGCUCCCGCCCAAUAGUUUUAACGCCGAUAAGGACUACACAGCUAUGUCGUUUGGAGUAAGCACUCAGUGUGCUCCUAUCACAGCCCGAUGUAUCAGCGAUAAUGAUAUCAGCGGUCCUGGAGCAAAGUACAACUGUGAUUUUGGCAUGGAAGGAUACAUCAGCACGACUGAUACCAACAGCAUGAUAAUGACCUACUUUACCGACAUGAAUCUAUCGGACAAUACAACUGGAACUAUUUCCAUGCCGAACCCGUACUCUUUUGGCGCUGUGGUGAGCGUUAACCAGAACUUGGGCUGGCAUCGGGACCUUAUAGAAAGCCCGGGUAUCACCACCGGUUUGCACGGAUCGACUCUGUUCGUACUCUUGUGCAACGCUACAGUUCUUGAUUUGAAGUACACUUCGAUAAAUGGCACCAUCACGAGCUCCUGGAGCCAGACGAGCAAUAGCUCUACGACCAAUAUUAUAAUGGGCACACAAGGAUAUACUAAGAUAGGCGAUCCGUAUAUCCUGCAACGUACUAGUCUUGACGUCUGGCAAAGUCAUACCGCACAGGAGGUAGCUGACAAGUUCGCUGUCAUAUACAGCCAGAUUGCCCUGGCUGCGGCUGGAGGGGCCUUUAUUCCUAUGCCUGCUGUGGAGGCUCAGUUGCGAUCUUCGAUCCUUGUGGCCAAAGUGCCGAAGGCUCCGCUUGCUUGUUUGCUGCUUGCAAAUUUGUUGCUUGUAUUGCUAGGAAUUAUUCUUACUAUUUUUGCUUUUCUGGCAUUGACUGGUGAUGUGGGCGAUCUACAAGCAAGAUUAAGCAUUGAUGCUCUUGUGGCGGCUCAUUUCGAGACGAACUGGGACGGCAAUAAUGUCGGACAUAUUGAUGAUAUGUUUGAAGAGCGCAAGGGUUCUGAUGGACCGCGAGUGAGAGCGGAAAGAAUAUAUCGCGGCUGGAGGCUGGCUAGUUAUUUUAGGCGGCCUUCUUCUUCUUCGCAUCUCCUAGGUUGA